AUGGCUGCCACGGAUGCCUCGUCGCCAGCAGCCGAUGCAUCUUGCUUGGACUCCCCCUCAUCACUUCGGGGUGCUGCUCGCCCGGAUGAUGCCUCAUCCGUACCGAAAGUAGCCGAGAUGGACUUAGCUCCGUUGUUGCGCUGUGCAGCUCAGCUGGGCCUCCCUCCUCCAACUUCUGGCGCCAUGCGGCCAGGCUCGAACCUCUCGGUUCAGGCAGAAGCCCGGCUUGCAGUGCCGUUGUUCGUGUCGGACUGCGCAGUUUCAGGUGCCUUUUCGCCUUUGCAAGCUAGCUCCCAAACUGGAGUCGCACCGCCUGCUCCAGACUUCACCCACCUGGAGAGCGCGAUGCUGCUGAGAGGCGUCGCCCGAUCUGGCCCAGCUCUUCUUGCCUCAAGUGCAGUUGAUCUUGGCUUCUUCUUGCCGGUCCGGUCUUUUGCCCGUACCGGACCAAGCCUCAGUGCCAGGAUGCUGCAGAUGGGCUGUGCACUGUCUUCGUGCCACGCUACGAAUCUGGACUUCUUCUUGUCUUUGCAUGGAGUGGCGCGAUCGGGCUCUCCGCUGUCAGUCUGUGACUCUGCAACCCUGGGCUUCUUUUUGUUGCUGCAGUCCGCUACAAAGCCUGACUUGGGCCUGUCGACCUUGGGUGCCUCUCACGCAGGCUCAUGCCUUUCGGUCUCAGGCCUAUGUCACCUGGGACCUUUGCUCUUCUUGCGAGGCGUCUCUUGUGUCGGCUUUGCCCUUUUCGUGCUGAGUCUCGUGACCCUUGGCUUCUCAUCGCCCCUCCGAAGCUAUUGCCAUCCUGGUAGUCCCUUGUCUGCUCCGGAUGUGGCAGACUUCGAGUUGCCCUUGCCUUUGCGGGGCUGCGCAUGCCUGGGCUUCUUUGCGCCACCACUCAGCUGCGCGCACCUUGAGCCAGCUCCCUCAACUUCUGACGUGACAGGCUUAGACUCCUCUUCGUCUCUCCAAAGUUCCGCCUGUCCCGAGCCGCCGCCUUUUGUCGAAGGUCUCCUCCGCGCCAGUGGGUUGCUUCAUGUUGGACUGCUGGUGUCUGCUCCGGGCAUGGCAGGUUUGGCAUCCUCCUUGUUACUGCAUGGCGUGGCUUGUUUGGGAGUUGCCCUUCUCGUGCUGGAUUGUGCACAGCCAGAUAGCUUCUUGCUGCUGCAGGGUGUUGCAAGGCUUGGCGCAGCUCUCCUUGCGUUGAGUUCGGUUGAGCUUGGCCUCUUCCUGCCUAUCCGGUCUUCUGCACGCACAGGAUCGAUUCUGAGUGCGAGGAUGCUUGAACUUGGCAGCGAAUUGCCAGUGAUUCAUGCGACUAGCUUGGGCUUGCUUUCGCCACUGAAAGGAGUGGCGUGGUUAGGCCUUCUGCCACCAGCAUGUGACCUCACGACUUUAGGACCCCUCUCGCCCCUGCGGUCGCUGCUGCAGUUGGGAUCCACGAUACCUCUCUUCGGAAGCUGCUCAACGGAGUCGGUGCUGUCGACACUGGGCGGCGUGCAACUCGGAUCCUCCUUGUCCUUGCGAGGCCACUCGCAUGCUGGAUGGGCUUUGUCCCUUUUCAGUGACGCAGCGCUGGGCUCACCGACAUUGAUACACAGCUUGGCAAAACCAGGCCUUCCCAUGCUCCUGCUGGAUAUGGCUGAACUUGGGAGUUCUGUGCCCUUGCGCUGCCAUAUUUGCACGAGCACCUUGAUGUCCGCAUGCGGAGCUGCCCGGACAGGCUCCCCUCUUCUUGCCUCGGAGCCCACAAACUUGGAAAGUCCUCUGUCCUUGAGAGGUGCGUCCCGAACAGAACCGCUGAUCUCCGCCUGCGGGUCGCUUUGCUUGGGCUCCCUGUCGCCUGUCCCGACUGGCGUCCAGUCAGACCCAUCUCCAUUCUUGCAUGGUGUGUCUUGUUUGGGCGCCGCUGUCCUCGUGCUGAGCUGCGUUCCGCCGGGUAGUUCGUUGCUGCUGCGGGGGGUUGCAAGGCUUGGCCCAGCUCUUCUUGCCUCAAGUGCAGUUGAUCUUGGCUUCUUCUUGCCGGUCCGGUCUUUUGCCCGUACCGGACCAAGCCUCAGUGCCAGGAUGCUGCAGAUGGGCUCUGCACUGUCUUCGUGCCACGCUACGAAUCUGGACUUCUUCUUGUCUUUGCAUGGAGUGGCGCGAUCGGGCUCUCCGCUGUUAGCCUGUGACUCUGCAACCCUGGGCUUCUUUUUGUUGCUGCAGUCCGCUGCAAAGCCUGACUUUGGCCUGUCGACCUUGG